GUUGGUUAGCUUGCAACCGGUGGCCACUUAAGUAAGCGUCAUAUACCAUACCGCUGACAACAGACCACGACAGAAGAGAUAAAGAAACAAUUAUAAGAAAAGAUAUUUAUCAAGAUAAAAAAUCAUGAAAACUACUUCGAUAGUCGUUUUGAUUCUGUAUUACUGGCUAGGAUGUUGCUAUAGUUACAGAGACAUUUACAAAAAACAGAGAAGUCCCUUUAGGAGAAACUGGUAUCAACAAAAUCGAGUUGGAAGCAAACGCGUUCGAUCUCCGCUCGCCGGGAAGUUACAUUUUUCAUCAACUCCUGAAGAGCAGAAAAUAGUGUCAAUAGGAGAGUCGUUCACACUUAGCUGUGAUAUCAUCAGUAAACCUCACGCCAAUAUGUACUGGAAUAAGAACGGUGUGCGAAUACCACAGGGUGCCUCCUCAAACCUUGUCGAUGAGCAAAGAUAUGAAGAUAAAGUCAGCGCUCACCGGCGACCUAGGGUACGUCAAAGUUCACAGAUGCUGCAACUGUUCAUUGACUGUUUCACACCUGAGAAAGCUGGAACAUAUGAAUGCGUAGCUGAAACGGAUUCACAUCGUAUUUCACAUUCAACUGUAGUCGAAACUGCUUGUCCUGUCACUGGUCAGAAUUCGUAUGGUGCAGAUUUUCUUUUUCGAAUUCUCAACUACAUGCUAUGUUCCGGAAGAUUUCCAGCAAAGGAACAAUGUAAUUCUAACGGAAUGGGAGCUCGUAUUUAUUCCUAUACCACUUAUCGCAUUGAGAAGUCUGGCACAGCUGUCCAGUUAAGUUGCCGAGCUCAAGGUACUCCAACACCAACAAUUAGCUGGUACAAGGACAAGAAAAAGAUUCUACCAAGCACGUCUGGUUACAAGUUGCUAGCAAAUGGUGAUCUGGUUCUUGAAAGCUGGCAUUUGAAUGAACACUUCUUCUUAUUUACAUGUAAAGCUGAAAAUGAUUUUGGUAAUGAUUCUAUUUCAUCAAGCGUAUAUUUGGUUUCAAAUAAAAAAUAAUUUAACAUACCAUUUUCGGGAAGGGGAAACUUAUGGAAAUAGCACCCACUGUAACCCAACACUAAGCCAAAAAUAAAAUUUAAAAAAUGAAAGCUGAGAGAAAGAAAAGAAGAGAGAAAAGAAAGUAAGAUAUAAUGACAGGGAGAAAGAAAUAAAGAAGGAAAGGAGGAAGAAGGAAUGACAGACAGACUUGAAGAAAAGGAACAUUUAAAACAAAAUAUUUAUGAUAGCUGAUAAAUUAAGAAUCAUACGAAUAGACACCUUAAAACUAUCUGGCUAGUGAAAGCUGACAUGAAAAACUAUAUGAUGAACUAAUAAUAAAAGAAGUAAAAAAAAAAAAGAAAACACAAAGUGCUCUCCCUUGGAAUGCUUCUUUUUAUUAUAAUUUUUCUUUUUUCAUUUUUUUUUUUGACGAGUAGUUUUCAAUUCCAGUUAAAAAAUACAUAUAAGCAUACAAAGAUAAAUGAAAAACAAUAACUAAACAAAACACAUCCUAGUCACAAAUUGUUCAUUUAAUCGUUAUUUAUAAAACAUAAGCAACUAUACACAUAGAUUACGACACAAUAAUUAAGUAGAAAAGUAAAUGUGAAAAGUUUAAAAUCAAGCACACGUAUACCGCACAGACACAGACACACACACACACACGUACAUAUCUUCAUGUACAUAAACACAUGCACACACAGUAUAUAAAGAGUAAAAAAAAUUAAUUCUAUCCUUUUUUUUUAAAUUUACAACAAUCGUUUUAUUUCAUCUGCCUUCUUUCAAUGCAAAGAAAAAAGAAAAACAGGAAAAAAAAAUAUUUAUUUGUGAAAUUUUAUUUUUGUAAAUUAUCCCUACCUUCGCUUCCUACUAUUACCACUACUAAUAUACACUACUACUACUACACCAAUACCACCACCAUCACAAAUAUUACCACAGACCACCCUCUUCCCAUUCCAACAAACAAAACCAUGUUACAGAAUACUUCUGUUACUGUUGUUGCAAUUUUUGUUGUUGUUGCUGCUGUUUUUGUAUUUGUUAAAUCCUAAGUUAUUAUCAUUUUAUUUCUCACUUUUAACAUUACUAUCAUUAUUUUAUUAUUAUUAUUAUUAUUAUUAUUAUUAUUAUUAUUAUUAUUAUCAUUUAAGAAAAAUAUUAUUUACAUUGUU